CAUGGUGUCCGACAAAAACAGAAAUUUCAGCCGGUCAUCACCGAAAAUUACCGGACAUGACCGACUGUCCGACGGACAUUCGCAUUGACUGCAUGUGGUGUUGCUUUCACUCAGAAGGGAAAGACUCAUAUGAGAAAACACACAGAGGAGAAGCCGUACAAGUGUGAGACAUGUGGUGCUUUUUCACUAUAAAACGUAGUUUAGCGAAGUAGUCAAUAAUACACACAGGAAAGAAGCCGUUCGAGUGCUGAUUUUACGUAAAAAAACUAAACUCAUGAAAAAUACUUAACUGAAGCCAUAAUCGAUAUUUUUAUGUACUGAGAACUUAUUUGAUGCGCAAGUUUAAAAACCCAGGACGUAUUACAUUAAAGUUUUGCAAACGGCGGUCAACCUCAUCUCUUCAUGAUUGCGUUGAACAGGUUGAUCCUUGCUGCAGCCCAGGCAGUCAAGGGUUCCACAUACCUUCACCGCUUGAAGGACUUUAUAGGUGACCUUUACAGGCUUAAUGACAAGAGCCCUGUCAGAGUAAGUGUCUUGAGGGAAAUACAUGUACACUGAUAGUUAAUUUGAAAGUUAAACGCAUACAUGUUACUCUUUUUAAACAUUUUUAUGCAGCCAAAAUACUAAGUAAGUCUUGUUCGAGGUUUUCAUUUUCCAUAUUGCGAGCCCGAUACUUGUUUGUGUUAAUUUAAAUGUGCUGAAGAAACCCAUGAUUUAGAUGGUAGUAGCAAAGGAUGCAAGGUGGCUGUCGCACAAGAAGGCGACAACUACCUUGAUGAAGUGCCAGUCAUCCGUCUUCACCAGCCUGGAGGUAGGCAUAGGAACAAAAGAUGUGAGGGAAACCGGUCUUGCAAAGUUCACACAGGACCAACUCUUUGUGAUGUCCCUUCACAUGAUGGCUGCUUUCGUUGGCUCACCUUACAGAACUGUCUGUUGCCAUGCAGACAAGAGAUGCCGUGUAUCACACCAUCAAGCCACUGGUGAAGAGGACGUGUGUUAUCCUGCAUGGACUCCUUGCAAUGCCGGGCGAUGCCUACGAAACGUCUGUAGACCGCGUUACUGCCUUCAAAACAUCCAGGCUUUACCAUCAGACUAUCAAGGCAGAGAACGACUAGUUCCGGAAAAAGAUCUACAACCCCUUCCUGACAAACACUGUGCAGAACCUAGAGGAUCGAUUCUCGGACCUGUCACUCCCCCAGAAGUAACCUGAGGUGGAGCCAACCUAAUAUAGGGAAUAUGACAUUAUGGGACCUGGCCGAGCACUUCCACCUUCACGUAGACAAGUAAGUAGAGGCAGAUGUGGAGCUCGCUUCCUUACAUCAGCCUAAGAGCCGACCAGGCCAUAGAAUGGGUGACCACAAACCUGAUGACCAGCCACAUCAAUAUGUAUAAGCUGACAGCAGUUGGCCAGCUUGUCCACAGCUGACUGUGAGAGAGGGUUUACAACACUGAAGAGUGUGAAUAUCAAACACCGAUCUUCACUCUCCAACUUAGUCCUGAACAGCCUGCUCACAUUCAGCAUGAUUGGGCCACCAACUGCUGUAUUUCACUAAGAUGGUGAAAGAAUGGCAUGGGACCAAGACGUUUAGAAUUAUGAUUUACUUGAUUAAUUUUGGUCCAUGCUGUAUGUUCUCAUGUUGUGUAUUGAAAUUUUAAUUUCUUUUAUUGAUAUUGUAUUUAUUCUACUCCGAUAUAUUGACUCUUGAUUGAUAUUUAUGUAUUGU